UGAUUCAAGAAGUAAAAUUCUUAUGUUAUACUAGAAGGUUUAAGUAGCUAAUGGUCUAAGCAAUGAGGAUUCGUGCUGAAGAUUUAAGUUCUGUUGUGUAAUACUACAGAUUCUCCUUUGGACAUCAGAGACUUCACGUUGGAGAGAAUGUGAAUGCUUAACUGGACAGUCCAAAGAACUGAUAUGUAGUCCUGAUCUGCCACUAUCUUGGACAGGUCACCUCUUCCACCAGUUUCCAGUGACCUUAUUUGGUAAAUGAGGGAGUUUUGAUUUAGAAGGUUCCAAGAUCCCUAUUAAUCCUAAAAUGCUACAAACCUAUAAAUAAAAUGAAUGCUAGGAAAUCCUUGAUCCUUUACCAUUUUAUAUAUGUUAUCUAGAGGUUCCUAUUCCACAAUCUGGUUUUCCCCAAUGUUUUGAAUCAAAAUUCUCUACCUCUUCAAAUUCCUUUUUUUUCUUCCAUGUCCCUCCUCCACUUCUCUGCAUUGUUACUUUCUCUGAAAUACUCACUGGUUGCUACCAAGUGAUAGAAUAAUUGUAGAAAUCUUAAUGCAAUAGCAUGCUGUUUUAAGUUCUCAGUAGUUGUUAAGCUAAUUAUUUUUUAAAAAUACAACACAUAUAGUCUUUGAGUACAAAGGAUUCAAAUACAUAACUUUGUAUCAUAUUAGCUAUCACAGACAUGAAAAUCUGACAUUAAAAUCUUUGCAAUUCACAACAUAAUUCAAAAUAGUCAAUGAUUGUAGUUAAGGCAGUUUCAUUUAUUUUAUAUACAUUAAGUAAGUCUUAAUAUGUGAUAAAUGUGAUUAGGAAUCAAAAUGAAUAAGAUAGUCUUGUUUUCCAAGGGCUGAGCUAAGAAAUUGGCAUUGGGGUGGGAGAGGAAAGGAGGAGUUCAAGCAACGAGGCAGAGUCUAAGUAGCAUAAUCAGCUAAAUGUGGGUACUUGAGUUUAUUUGGGUAGAUGGGGUGCCAUAAUUACAACCAGGAAAAAAAUUAGCCAGAUUUGUGAGACAUUGUUAAGUCUGUUCUCUAGGCAUUUUGUGAAUCUGGGUAUUGAAGAUUCCUGAUAGGUAGUAGAAUAAGUAGAACGAAAGUAUUCUGGGAGUACUAUCUUUAUUUUUCUUUUUAAGGCUUUUUAUUUCUUUUUUCUCUUUAUGGCUGUACCCACAGCAUAUGGAAGUUCCCAGGCCAGGGGUCGAAUUGGAGAUAUAGCUGUCAGCCUGUGGCACAGCUAUGAAUGACAACAUUGGAUCCUUAAGCCACUGAACCACAAUCAGAACUAUUCUGGGAGCUGUGUUUUAGAAACUGGGGAAACAACAGGCAAGAAAAAAAAAGAAAAAAAUUAGGAAAUGGUGGUGGCACAAAAGGAAGUAAAAGAUUACUGGGAUAGGAAUUAGUUUAUAUUUUCAGAUGCAACAGAGGAUGAAAGUAAGGUAAAUAAAAAUGGCUUUUGUUUUUGGUUAUUGAUGACUUCCAAAUUUUUGUGAAGAGUAAGUUAAAGGUUGAAAAGGAGUAUUUUUAGUGAGAAAGUAUAGAGAUUUAGGAAGAUAACUUGGAGGUUGUCGUUGAGAGAGGGUGUAUAUCAGAUCUUUGGGCUACAAAUGAUAGCCAGUGUAACAGGCUUAUAGGCAAAUAGGGAUUUAUUUUUCUCUAAACAAAUCUGUAGGUGGAUAGCCUUGGUUCAAAGACAAAAUAAUUCAAUACCGUGAAUGCGUCAUGAUUUCCAUGUCACAUGUCUCCCACAGCUUCAGGUAAAAACAUUUGUAUUCAAGGAAGGAAGAAAGGGCAGCACCAGCAACAUCUGUGUCUUUUAUCAGAGAUGGUUUCCCCAGAAGCCCCUCAGAAGACUUUACAUCUCACUCACCCACAGCUGUGUUGCUUGGAGGCCAGGAGCAAAGGAGGCUGAGAAAGGGUAUUUAACUCUUCCAGCCUGUAUCUUGGAGGUAGGCAAAGAAUAUGGGGAUUGAGAAAGGUGUUGAUCUAGCCAAUGGACUAUCUGUCAAGGCUGCAUGAUUUAAAGUAGAUAAAUUGUGCAAGUUCUUCCCUGCAUGGAAGAGUCUGAAGGUAUCGAAAGGGGAUUUAUAACUCAAAGUGAGAAAGAUUUGGGGCAUAGGUAGAGGCUAUUGGGAUCUUUGCCAACAGAAAGCAUCCUUGGGAGAGGCAGGAGUCAAGAAAUGGAGGGUAUCAAAGAUAUCUGUGGGUGGCAGUGGAGGAGGUUCCCACAUGUACUAGAUGUUUGGACCUUGAGCAGUAAAGGAUCUUUAUAGAAAAGGCAAGCACUAAAGGGGAGCGAAACACUCAAUUCACUAUCCAUAGAAACUCAGAUUUUUAAAUAAUGUCCUUACACAGUUUCCUCCUUUCCCUUAAUAUAUUUUUCUGUUCCCCACCUUUUCUCAAGAGAAGUCGAGGGGUAGGAGGAGGCAGAGAGAUAGGUAGAAAAUAAAAAAUGAAGACAGCAGGAAAGUUAAAGGCUCAAAAGGAAGGCAUAGGACAAGGGGAAGAGGAAGAAUAAGGUGUACUUACUGAAGCCUAAGAUGGAUGCAGAAACUCAAAAUUGGUAAAAUAUACUAAACCUUGAAGCAGCAGGAUAAGUGGGUCAGAAAAAUGAAGGUUUCACUACAUUUUCAGGAGAUGUUUUUUGUUUUUUUGAAGCUUCAGGCCCUUGUUAUCAGUUCACAGCCAUCCUUGGCAGUAAGAAAGGACAGACUACCUUUCCUCAGCAGGGGCAGGAGUCCUGGGCAAGGCACAUUACUGUCUCAGUUUUCUUAAUAUUGCAAACUUCAUAGCUUUGUAUUACAUUAAAUACUAUUGUAAAGUGCUUGUAAAAGCACCCAACAUAUAUUUAAUGCUCAGUAAAUACUGUCCCCAUACCUGAAAAUAGAGCAAUUAUCCAAACUCCUGAGCAUGGCAUCAGAACCUGUAAUUAUUAUUUUAGAAUCUUUAGGCUUUCAAAACAAAUCCCUUUUUGGAAUGUUAUAAAAAAGUAGAAGGCUCUUUCUCCCACCACCCUCUCAGGUGGGUUCCCUGUAUUCCCUCUAGCCCCACCACAGCCUGCUCUCUCCAUAACUGAAUAGUGAAUUCUGUCAAAAUUUUUGGCUGUGCCACACUGGGGCAAACCCCUUCAAUGGUUUACCACCACACAGUGAAUCUACACUUUUUGGGAUUGCCUUCCAGUCUCUUUCCCACUCCCUUAUUCACUAUGUUUUCUGUCUUGGCCUUGCUAAGACAUAAUCUCACCAAACAUAUUUCUGGUCAGCGUUUUUUGGUUUGUUUUGGUUUUUUAAAGGGCUGCACUGGGGUCUAUGGAAGUUCCCGGGCUAGUGGUCGAAUGGGAGCUACAGCUGCCGGACUAUACCACAGCUGCAGCAACAGAAGAUCCAAGCUGUGUCUGCAACCUGCACCACAGCUCAUGGCAACUCUGGAUUACUGACCUACUGAGCAUUAGGCCGGGAAUUGAACCUGCAACCUCAAGGAUACUAGUUUUUGCUGUGCCACAAUGGGAACUCCAAGCAUUUUUGUUAUUUUCUCAGCUAUUCACAUGGUUUCCUCCCUCCCUUCAUUAAAAUCUCUUCAAACAUUACCUCUUAAAAGAGAACUCAAGAUGCUCCUGCAAGUAAAUCACCUCACCCUGUCACACUCUCUUAAUGCACCCUCACUGUCAUCAUUAAUAGUUUUUUUACCACCUGUAGUAGAAUUUAACCUUCUUACCAGCAAGGUAACUGUGCUGUUUUUACAGCCUUUAGAAUAGUAACUGACAUAAGUGCUCCAAAAGUGUCCAUAGAAUGACAUUUCUGAUAGAAUUUAUCUUCAAUAAAACGGAAAAUGUCAUAGGGUCACAAAAAUAGUCAUUGACGAUGUUGAGUAAAAAGUGGCCAACAGUUAAAUGUAACUGGCAAGUCUCAGGUUCCCAUUCUUGGUCCCCAUGCUGACAAACCAUUCUGAGCUCCGUGAAAGUAUUCACAGGCAGCUAAACAUCCCCAGUUUGAUAUUUCUAUACUUUAACCUCAUCCUUACCCACCCCGCAAAAUAUUGUCCACAAAAAUAAAUACCUGUUCUCUAAAUACCACCCAGUUUUACAAAGGCACCCUCAGCAUCCAGGCUUCUUUCUGAUUUAGUCACGGAGAACCAAGUUUAUCUUGAUGUUUUUGUUUUUUGUCUUUUUGCUAUUUCUUGGGCCGCUCCCGUGGCAUAUGGAGAUUCCCAGGCUAGGGGUCCGAUCGGAGCUGUAGCCACCGGCCUACACCAGAGCCACAGCAACACCGGAUCGUUAACCCACUAAGCAAGGGCAGGGACCAAACCUGCAACCUCAUGGUUCCUAGUCGGAUUUGUUAAUCACUGUGCCAUAACGGGAACUCCUAUCUUGAUGUUUUUUGCACUGGGUCCUGGGUCCCAUGGCCUCUUACAGGGGAAAAAGUUAAAAUAGUUAUUUUGCCAUCAUUUUGCAAAUGCCUUUCUUCUUGCUUAAUUGCACUUUUCAAAAUGAUUGCCUUCUAGGUAGGUUUGUACUAUGCAACUGGUGUUUACUACUGGGAGAAAACUCCCUAACAAUCUUGCGAGCAUUCUUUCCAGAAAGAAAGUCGCAGUGCAAUAAUCUCAAGGACCACUAGAACCAGUCCUGGGACUGCCAAACGCCAGCUAUGAAGAAGAAUGCAAGCUUGCAUCUACCCUGAACUUUAUUUGUAGCCCUGUUUUCCACUCCCAAGCUAUAAGACCCCUUCCUAUUAGCUCCUGAAGGAGGGCAGUCUUUAGGGCAUUAGGCUGCUGUGGCCUCCUCUGCCUGGUAAAGCAAUAAAAGCUACCGUUUUAUACUUCACCCAGAACUCUGUCUCUGAGUUUCUAUUCGGCACCAGUGGACAGAAGCAACACAGCCACCGCUUUGGUCCCAGUUCCCUCACUGGACCACCAGCUUUCCACCUGCACCUCUGUCUUCUAUCCUGGCACCCUACUCCUGGUAGGAACCACCUCCCGGGCAGUACCGCUAGGGCUAUACUGUUACACUUGGGUUGCCAAGUACAAGGCGGCAGCCCCACUUCCCUCUCAAGUCAUCUCUGCGGGGUCCUCUAUCAGGAAUGCGCCUUUAUAGCUUGUCCCUUCCGACUCCACCCUUGGGGCCGUCCCAGAUGCACUCUCCUCACCCGAAUGAGUACAGUUAUCCCAGACUGACCUUCCUAAUCCCAUCAUCAAUUUUUCCGGAGUCUAUCUUCCUUAAUCUCACCAAAAUGCAACGAAAAUAGCCCUGGCAGUUAGCUCAAGGGGGUUUAGAUGUCUCCAGAACCCUGACGCCCCUGCCAACGCCCGUGCCCAGGCCCCUGGGAAAUGUAGUUUCAACACGGAAUCGCCCUUGGCCUGGGGCGGUUGAAAGGCGGGGCUCCCUCUACGCAGACGCGCAGUAUCACUUUCGCCGCUCCACGGCUCGCUUGCCGCAGAUUUGCCCUCUGGGAAAUGGAGUCUGUGAAGCGGAAGCGCUCUGCUCGCCGACCUGCAGGAUCCGGCUCUGCGGGUCCCUGGGCAACGCGCAAGCGCAGUUCCAAUCCCGGCUGCAGACUCCAGCUUAUUGUGUUCUGCCUGCACUGUGGCGGUUGCCCUCGCUCGCCCCGCGUAGAAGCUCCUGGAAGGGCAACCCAGUGGAUACUAGGCACAGUGGCCAAAGCCGCAUCGGGAGAGUGGGAGCGGCCUUGGGGAGGUCGAGCCCGGUGGGAAGGGCGGAUGAAAACCGAAUAGGUCCCGGUCGUGGUCCGUUCUGGAGGACGCUGAUCUGAUGUCCCAAACUUCCCGGGAUGUAUUGCUAAGCCCUCUCCUCAUGAACAGGUGUUAGAAGUUUCAAGUCUGAGGAUUUACGCUCUGUUGUCCCUAAAAGGGCUCAUCAGAGAAGAAGGAAUGGCAGUCAGGUGCCUGCCAACCAUGGUCCAGGAAUCGGUGACCUUCAAGGAUGUGGCCGUGCUUUUCACCCAGGAUGAGUGGGCACAGCUGAGCCCAGCUCAGAGGGCCCUGUACAGGGAUGUGAUGCUGGAGAACUACAGUCACCUGGUGUCCCUGGGACUCUUAGGACCCAAACCGGAUAUGUUUUCCCAGCUGGGAAAAGGGGAAGAAUGGAUGCUGGAGGACUCCUUGGGAGGCUUCUGUCUUGACUGGAUGACUAUGCCUGUGAGUAAGAAAUCUACUCUAAAGGCAAGUAUUCCUGAAGGAGAAUUGGGUCAGCAGGCAAUAAUGGAAAGAUUCACUAGAGAUAGUCACUGGAAAUUUGAUAGCCUGUGGAAGUGGCAACAUGAAGGUCAGGAGCUAAAGUUGCAGCAGGUGGUACUCCCUCACCAGAAAACCUCAUCUGGGACUAGUGGCCAGGAAUACGAUGAAUCUGGGAAGCAUUGCACCAUGGGCUCAACUUUUAUUCAAAAUCAGGGAUCUCAAUCUAGCAAGAAAGCCUUUGUAUGUAGUGAGUGUGGAAAGGUCUUCACUAAGAGUUCAGCUCUCAAUAAACAUCAGAAGACUCAUACUGAAAAACUUAAUGCAAAUCAGAAAACUCUUAUUAAAGAGAAACGAUAUGAAUGUAGAGAAUGUGGGAAAGCCUUUCACCAGAGCACACACCUUAUCCAUCACCAAAGAAUUCACACGGGUGAGAAGCCAUAUGAGUGUAAGGAAUGUGGCAAAGCCUUCUCAGUGAGCUCCUCACUUACUUAUCACCAGAAAAUUCAUACUGGAGAGAAACCUUUUGAAUGCAAGUUAUGUGGAAAAGCUUUUAUCCGAAACAUCCACCUUGCCCACCAUCACAGAAUACAUACUGGAGAGAAACCAUUUCAAUGUAACAUAUGUGACAAAGCCUUUGUGUGCAGGGCACAUCUUACCAAACACCAGAAUAUUCACAGUGGAGAGAAACCCUACAAAUGUAAUGAAUGUGGGAAGGCCUUCAAUCAGAGUACAAGUUUUCUUCAGCAUCAAAGAAUUCACACUGGAGAGAAGCCUUUUGAAUGUAAUGAAUGUGGAAAAGCCUUCAGGGUGAACUCUUCCCUUACUGAACAUCAAAGGAUUCACACUGGAGAGAAACCUUAUAAGUGUAGUGAAUGUGGGAAAGCCUUCAGGGAUAAUUCAUCCUUUGCUCGACAUCGGAAAAUUCAUACCGGAGAGAAACCUUACAGAUGUGGUUUGUGUGAGAAAGCCUUCCGGGAUCAAUCAGCCCUAGCUCAGCAUCAGAGAAUUCAUACUGGGGAGAAACCUUAUACAUGUAACAUAUGUGAGAAAGCCUUCAGUGACCAUUCAGCCCUCACUCAACACAAGAGAAUUCAUACUAGAGAAAAGCCAUACAAAUGUAAGAUUUGUGAGAAAGCCUUCAUCCGAAGCACACACCUAACACAACAUCAGAGGAUUCACACAGGAGAGAAACCCUAUAAAUGUAAUAAAUGUGGGAAAGCUUUCAACCAGACUGCAAAUCUCAUUCAGCAUCAGAGACAUCAUAUUGGAGAAAAGUGAUAUGGAAGAGCUUUGAGCCUGAGUGUAUUAAGUAUUGAAUGUCAGAGAAUCCAUUCUUGAGUAUAACCAUGAAGGCUAACAUGAAGAUAGUCAUUUUAUGUACUGAGAGUCAAGUUUCACAAGAGUUUGGAUUUUGAGAACUUAAGAAUGGACAAUCCUCAUAGUUCAGAACUGCCUCACUGGAAUAGCAGUCAUGUUCAAGUAGUCUGAAUUACCACGUAUCAACCAAAAUGGACCUUCAGCAACAACACAGAAAUUCAUUGACUAUUAAGAGAAAUUAUAAAGCUAUAAAAAAUUAAGGUUGAGAAGCAAAGGAAUAGAAAAGUAAGAAAAUGGUCCCUUAGCAUUUUACUGUACUUGAUUGCCUCAUAUAAGAGGGUCUCUUACCUUUAAUGGCACCCUUUGUUUUCCUCGCUGCCAUUGCUGACACCCAGUGUAAAGAAAAUGCAGUCACCCAUGCAUUGGCCCAGGAGUUACUUAAAUUAUGCUUCCUACCUUCUGCUUUAAACAUGUUUCCGUCAGAUCUCCCUGGUCUGUGUCCCCUAGCUUUUUACCUGUAUUCUCCUGGGACAAUUCAUUUGGAUGUCAUGUCCCUCAUUUGAUUUAGCAACUCUUAACUGGUACAUUGUGUCACUGUUGCCACUGCAUUUGCCCUUGAAGACUGUGGUGAGCCAACCUCACACACAAUCCAUGAUUCUGGAUAUUAUACCAAAUCCAGCUUUCAGAACUUAAGAGACAUCUGUCUGGGUGGCAGAGGUUGAUCAAAAUUCCUGAGUUACCCAGUUCCUCUGGGCUUCAGCUUGACCCUGACCCAGGGUGAUACCUAACAUAGGGGCCUAGUCUGCUCCUUUUGCCUGGACUCUAGGAAAAGAUGGGAGCCUGAGAGGCAGAACCACCCCACCCCAGUUGUUCUGCACUGUAGUCACUCUGCCCACAGCAGUCAGGGCUCACCUUUGGGUAUGACACCCCAACCACCCAGGGGUGUUCUGGGCCACCUCCACCUCCGCCAUCAGUUCCUGAUGUGAAACUGACAAGGGAGGUUAGAGCCCUAAGGGAGUUGUCAAAAGACUGGGACCCCUCUUUUUGCCUUGGCUGGGCAGUCUCUGAUUCCAUUGCAUUAGAGCACUUCUGUUACUCUCAGAAUAUUGAACUGCUGCAUACUGGUCCUUGCUCUGCUUUUGUCCAUUUUUCUGAAGGCAUAGGUGUGUGUUCACAGGAAACACAGAGAUCUUUGAAUUUCUGCUUUUGCAUUUAGAAGUGGCCAUUUCCUUUCCUUCAUCUGGGUGUACCACCACUUACAUUCUGACAGUGGUGAUCAAUGUGUUGAAUAAUUCUGUGGAGUUACAACAGCACUGUGAUAUUCUCUGACGGGGAUGGUAUCCAUGCCUGGAAGUCUGGGUGAUACUCUAGUCCUGCAGAUGUGUUCCUUCACCAUUUUUAAUCCUUCAGUGCUGUAGGUAGAAAUCACAGAUGAAAACACAUCUAUAUAGGGAAUUUCUAUGUGGUUCAGUGGGUUAAAGAUCUGGCAUUGUCACUGUUGUGGCUUGGGUCACUGCUGUAGUUCAGGGUCAGACCCUGGCUCAGGAACUUCCACAUGCUGCAGAUGUGGCCAAAAAAAAAAAAAAAAAAUCACUUCUGUGUGCUAUCACACCCAGCCUCUGGUGACACCUCCCCUUCCCCACCACAAAAAGCAGGGAGUCACACUACUGCAUGCUGGAACAUACCACAGCGUUAAGAUGGAAGAGCAAGCCAGCUAUCAUCUGGAAAGCAAUGAACAUCCAUCAGGUCGGGCAGCCUGGUGGCCCCCACGAAUGCUGCUCCUCGGCACCAAGUUGCUGGAGAGGAUAUUCAAUGACAUGGUGGAGUCAGUGGAUUUCAGGUGGAACAUAGACAUGAAAGCUUCUAGCAGCUUUAAAGGCCCAGGUUGCUAUAUUCAGAUUCCAUCUAAUAAAGGCCACCUGUGUGGGUGGGCAUCUCCUGUUAGGUGAUCAGCAACUCAUCCUUUUUCCCCUAUUAACCUGAAGAACAGCAUUUCAAGAGGUUACCUGGGACUCUCUGUGCCCUGGGCCCACACAUGUUCGCCUGCACCCUCAUGUGGCUGGCAACCCCGGAUUCCACAAUAAACUUGAAAAACUGCUCA